AAAUUGUAAUUGAAUGUGCAGGCCACAGCGAGAUCCAUUUUAUGACACCGAAUCCGAGCAAAGAGAUAUAAAGGUAGAAGAGGACGCGAAGAAAGCAAAACAGCGGCAGAUUUAUGUAAAACGCGUUAUCGUCCAUCCAUCCUUCCAUAAUAUCAGUUUCGCCGAGACUGUAAAAUUAAUGCAGACAAUGAAGCAGAGCGAGGCAAUAGUGAGACCGAGCAGCAAAGGCGCCGACCAUUUGACAGUCACGUGGAAAGUCACUGAUGACAUUUUACAGCACAUCGAUGUUCGUGAGGAGGGUAAAGAGAAUGCUUUUUCAUUGGGACAAAGCCUAUGGAUAGGCAACGAGGAAUUUGAAGAUCUAGACGAGAUUAUCGCUCGACAUGUAAAUCCUAUGGCUGCUUAUGCCUCCGAAUUGCUAGAUUUCAAAUACUACAAGCCCACUGUAGAGGGAAUCAAGGAUAAAGCGGAGGAGAUACUAAAAGAACAGAAAAAGGAGAAUCCUAAUGGAAUUCCAUAUAUCAUAUCAGCAGCUAAGACUUAUCCUGGAAAGUUCUUACUCUCGUAUCUGCCGCGCACUCGUUGCCGUCACGAGUACGUCACCGUGACAUCCGAGGGCUUCAGAUUUCGGGCGCAAAUGUUCGGUAGAGUAAGCGACCUAUUACGCUGGUUUAAGGAACACUUUAGGGAUCCCGUUCCUGGACAAUCUACUCCUAGUACACCGCGCGGUGCGAUGACUUCUAGAACACCUUACACUACUACGCCAGGAACAGUCAGCGGUAAGUCUACAUUGUCACUGAAUGAAUCAAGAAGCAAUACAGCGAGUUGCACAGAAUCUUCCACAUCACAUGUUACACUCGUUAUCACAAGUGGCGAAUCAAACGCCGCAUCAUUAUCCGCCACACACCCCGGGAGCGGCUAG